AUGUUGUGGAUUUCAUUGUCCGCGUUUCUAUUACUAUUGCUAUCAUGGAAUUCGCAUGCUCGUCUAGUGGGCAGAUGCAGUUUGGUUCGUCAGCUUUAUCGCUAUGGUGUUCCCUAUCAUGAGCUAUCGGAUUGGAUGUGCCUGGUUGAGGGUGAAAGUUCAUUCAACAGUAAAGCCAUUAAUCCCUCAAAUGUCGAUGGUUCGGUGGAUUAAGGUUUGUUCCAGAUUAACGAUAGAUAUUGGUGCAAACCCGCCGAUGGACGUCCCUCAACGGAUCUGUGUCGUUUGCCGUGUAGGUUGCUCUUAAGUGAUGAUAUAAGAUAUUCCAUUGCCUGUGCAAAGUAUAUAAGAAAACAACAAGGUUUCUCCGCUUGGGUGGCCUGGAAUAACCGUUGUCAGGGUGUGAAACCAAAUGUUAAUCACUGUUUCAGAAGGCGUUACCGUAACUCUGGUUAA